AUGCCGCCGGCGCGGAGGCCUCCACCGCGCCUCCCCAACCACAGCAUCGCCGCCGCACCCACGCUCCUCCUCCUUCUCCUCCUCCUGCUCCUCCUCUCCCCACCAGCCGCCACCGCCGCGCAGCACCACCGCCACCACACCACAGGCGACGGCGUCGUCAUCUCCCAAGCCGACUACCAGGGCCUGCAGGCCAUCAAGCACGACCUCUCGGACCCCUACGGCUUCCUGCGCUCCUGGAACGACAGCGGCCUCGCGGCCUGCUCAGGCGCAUGGGCAGGCAUCAAAUGCGUCCUGGGCAGCGUGGUGGCCAUCACGCUCCCCUGGCGCGGGCUCGGGGGCACGCUCUCCGCGCGCGGCCUCGGGCAGCUCGUCCGCCUCCGCCGGCUCAGCCUCCACGACAACGCCAUCGCGGGGCCCGUCCCGCCCUCGCUCGGCUUCCUCCCGGACCUCCGCGGCCUCUACCUCUUCAACAACCGCUUCUCGGGCGCCCUCCCCGCCUCCAUCGGCGCCUGCGUCGCGCUGCAGGCGUUCGACGCCAGCAACAACCGCUUGACCGGCGCAAUCCCCGCCGCCGUUGCCAACUCCACCAGGCUCAUCCGCCUCAACCUCAGCCGGAACGAGUUUUCUGAUGUCAUCCCCGUGGAGGUCGUCGCCUCCGCGUCGCUCAUGUUCCUCGACCUCUCCUACAACAACCUCUCCGGACCCAUCCCCGACGCCUUCGCCGGAUCCGACAAGUCGCCGUCUUCCACCUCCAAGCUCAUCCUCGAGGAUGACGACAGCAGCAGCAACGACAAGGAGGCCAUCACCGGGAGCUACCACCUCGUCUUCCUCAGCCUGGCGCACAACUCCCUCGACGGGCCCAUCCCGGAGUCCCUCACCAAGCUCAUCAAGCUGCAACAGCUCGACCUCGCCGGCAACAUGCUCAACGGCACCAUCCCGGCGCAGCUCGCCGCGCUCUCCGACCUAAAAGCGCUCGACCUCUCCGGUAACACUCUCGCCGGCGAGAUCCCGCCAGGGCUCGACAACCUCACCGCGACGCUCCAGUCCUUCAACGUCUCCUACAACAACCUCUCCGGCGCGGCGCCGUCCUCACUGGCGCGCAAGUUCGGGGAGCCCGCGUUCACGGGGAACGUCCUGCUCUGCGGGUACUCUGCCUCCACGCCCUGCCCGGCGUCCCCGUCCCCCGCGCCGGCGUCGCCCGCGGAGGAACCACGCGGGCGCGGAGGCCGGAAGUUCAGCAGGAAAGCGCUCGUGCUCAUCGUCGCCGGGAUCGUCGUCGGCGUACUCGUCCUGCUGCUCCUCUGCUGCCUCCUGCUCUGUUUCCUGAGCAGGAACAAGAGGUCUUCCAGCACUACUGCUGCUGGAACACGGAGCGGGAAGCAGGCGGCCAAGGAAGCCGGUGGUGCUGGCGCUGGUGCCGCGGCGGCCGGGCGCGGCGAGAAGCCCGGGUCCGGCGCAGCGGAGGUCGAGUCCGGCGGGGACGUGGGCGGCAAGCUGGUGCACUUUGAUGGGCCGCUGGCGUUCACGGCCGACGACCUGCUGUGCGCCACCGCGGAGAUCAUGGGGAAGAGCACCUAUGGCACGCUGAAGAAAGCCAGCGCCAAGACGGACGUGUACAGCCUGGGCGUCAUCAUCCUGGAGCUGCUGACGGGCAAGUCCCCUGCCGACAGCACCAACGGCAUGGACCUGCCGCAGUGGGUGGCGUCCAUCGUCAAGGAGGAGUGGACCAGCGAGGUGUUCGACCUGGAGCUGAUGCGCGACGCCGCCGCCGCGGCGGGCACCACCGCCGGGGACGAGCUCAUGGACACGCUCAAGCUCGCGCUGCACUGCGUGGACCCGGCGCCGGCGGUCAGGCCCGAGGCACGCGAGGUGCUGCGGCAGCUCGAGCAGAUCAGGCCCGGCCCUGAGGGCGGUGCAGGGCCGAGCGAGGAAGGUGGCGCCGCGCAUGUGCCGGCGGCUUCUGCUUCUGCAGAAGAUGAUGAGUAA